CAGCCGUCGCUUACAAAGAAAAUUUUUAUCAAAAAUUGUAGAGACAAAAUAAUACAACUUAAGCAAAAUAUGACUGAUUUCCAAUGGCCCUGGGAGUAUGAAUUCCCGCCAUUUUUUACAUUACAAACACAUGAAGAAACUCAGAAACGGCAAUUAGAUGUUUGGUGCAAUUUGUUUCUCAAAUACCUGAAACAUUUAAAUAAAUUCAGGAUAAACGUAAAUGAAUCAACAUUUCCGUUAUAUUGUAAUGAAUCGGUAAAUAGACGUUUGUCAGCUGAUAUGAUAUUAAAAAUUUUGACGAAGCUACAGGCUUCUGGACAUGCCCAACAGUUAGAUAAAAAAGGUAAUGAAUGGCUGGUUUAUUGGCACACAUUGGAGGAGUACGGGAAUACGAUUUAUGAAUGGAUCCAAGAGACUGGACAAACGAACACUGUAUGCACUUUGUAUGAAAUUUCAUCUGGAGAAUUCACCAAUGAUAAAGAGUUCCAUGAAAUUGACGAAGAUGUUUUAAUAAAAGUUUUACGUUUGCUCGAGGAGAGGGGGAAAUGUGAAUUAAUUGAAUUGGAUGGCAGUUAUGGCGUUAAGUUUUUGUAAUUUUUUCACGAAAUUUUUAUUUAUAAAAUAUAGAAUUAAUUGAA